UAACAAAAAUUAAAAGCAUAAAAGACUAAUAACAUUUAACACAAGAUAAACUAGUUGUGGAGUUGAACUAGAGUCCCAAAACUGUGAAAGAAAAUUUCUACAACAAUAAAAUGAUACUAUGACACUUAUAAUGGUUGUAGUACGGACAGUGCGUGUGAUGGCGUCGUUUGCGGCGCAAGCAGCUCUCCGUUCACGUUGGAGUUCAUUGAUAGAGUCCACCAGUGUUGAUGUACCGGGAGAAGUCACCGAUGGUGUCCGUUCUGUCGUUGGAUGGCUUAAACAGGCACUGUCUAUUGUUAUACUGGGCAUCACUAGAGGUGCGUCAAGUGGGUCGGCGCGCGGUCAACCAGCUGGCAGGCCGAGGGAUGGGCGACGACGUGAUCAUCGUCCAUUACAACGAUGUCUACAAUAUCGAGCAGACCACUAACACAGAACCUAUGGGCGGGGCGCUAAGAUUUAGCACCGCUGUGAAAGCUUUGCAGCAUCUUAACCCUCUUAUAUUGUUUAGUGGUGAUGUUUUCUCGCCUAGUAUGUUAAGUACAUUUACAAAAGGUGAGCAGAUGGUACCAGUACUCAAUGAAAUAGGAACUCAUUGCGCGGUGUUUGGAAAUCAUGAUUUUGAUUUCGGUCUAGAAGUCCUCUCAGGUCUAGUCGCUCAAUGCAGCUUCCCCUGGCUGAUGUCUAACGUGAUCGACAACGAGACGGGCCGUCCUCUCGGCGACGGCAAGAUAACACACGCUCUGAUGUGCAAUGGACACAAAAUCGGCCUUAUAGGACUUGUUGAACAGGAAUGGCUUGACACAUUAGCGACAAUCAACCCAGAAGAAGUGACAUUUAUAGAUUUUUUACAAGCAGGAACGAAACUGGCAUCACAAUUGAAACGAGAGGGUUGUGAAUACGUGAUAGCACUGACACACAUGCGCACCCCCAAUGACGUCAAAUUAGCCGAGGGUUGUACUGAAAUUGACCUCAUACUUGGGGGUCAUGAUCACGUCUAUGAGGUGUUAGAGAUUAACAACAAAUACAUCGUCAAAAGUGGUACAGAUUUUAGACAAUUCUCUAAGAUCAACCUUAGUUUUGGUCCUGAAGGACCACGGGUGGAGAUAGACGCGGUGGAUGUGACCAGCGAUUACGCGGAGGACCAGGCCCUUAAAGCCAAGGUUGAGAAAUACUCAGCUAUGAUAGAAGGUAAGAUGGAGGAGGUAUUGGGCAAGUUCUGCGUACCUCUGGAGGGGAGGUUCUCCUGCGUGCGGCGGCAGGAGAGCAAUCUGGGCAACUGGGUGUGUGAUGUGCUGCUGGCCGCGACCGGAGCUGACCUGGUACUCCUUAACUCUGGCACCUUCAGAUCUGAUCAGGUCCAUCCAGCGGGUGAUUUUACUCUGCGCGAUUUAUCCACAAUAAUACCUAUGAGAGAUCCUUUGGUUGUGGUCGAGGCGAGUGGAGAAACCAUACUGAAGAUUCUAGAAAACUCCGUCUGCAAAUAUCCAAGCUUAGAAGGAAGGUUUCCACAGGUGGCAGGUAUAUCUUUCGCAUUCGACCCUUCCAAGCCUCCAGGUCAGCGUGUAGAAGAGCAGGUAGUGAAGAUAGGUGAUGAAUACCUGCUUCGUCAGCAGAAGUACCGGCUGGCGGUGAAGCAAUACCUUCAUGCGGGGAAUGAUGGGUUCACCAUGCUACCUAGCUGCCCCGUACUGGUGUCAGAAGACAUGUGUCCAGAGGUGGGCAUGGCCGUUCAGAACCACUUUGCGGCUAUCAACGUCCGCACUGGCAAGGCUCGACCUUCCAAACAUCGCCAGUCUCUCGUCACACUCAGCAGACGGCAUAGUUUGGUGAAAAUGUUAGACGGGAGUGAGCUAGAUGGCCCUCCCCCACUGCGGAGAGCCUCCUCAGCCGCAGUAGAACCUUCAACACAUCAUCACAGGUUGACGCGGCGCGCCUCGCUCGACGACUUGGAGCAGAACGCUUGCGAACUCGCGCCCAAAAUUGACAACAGAAUUAUUGUUCUUGAUAAACCUGAGAAACUUCAAGCACUUUUAGCUGAGCGAGCUCGCUGGGAGUCUGAUGCGGUUAUAAAGGAGGUCGAUGAUGAAAACUCGCCUUAAAUAACUCCCAUAUUAAAAUUUCGACCUAAUCUCUUAAGCAAUAAAGUUUAUAUUUGCAUUAUGUAAGUUCAUUUUGAACGAAUACUCAAAGUCUAGAUAUUUUUUUUUUAAUUAAUUUGAAAAAAGAAUCACUUUUGUUUUCUUUAGUGUAUUUUGAACAAAUGUUUUUACUAAACAGGUUUUAUAUGUUAUUUUGUUUUUAAAACAAAAUGUUUUAUUAUUAUACUGAUAUAAGAAAGCAAUAUCUCAAUGUUUGUGAUCAUAAUUUAUUACAUGUUAUUUCAUUGUUACCAUUAAUUUAUUUUAAGGUUUGUUGAUAAUCGAAAUAUUCCAUUAUAACGAUGAAAUAUCGAUUUUAUGUUAAUCGAGUUUUUAUUAUUUGAUGUGAAAGUGAAAAUCAAAUAUUGUUG